CUUUCCCUGGAGAUCCUCCAUUCAGCAGAGGGACAGCAAAAUAUAUGCUGAAAUACAGUGAAAAGUGAGAGAAAGAACACUUUUUAUAUGGUUGCUGAAAAGGAAGUUCAUAGGUUACUGUUGAAAAGUAUGUGGGGGUUAUUUUGCCAGUUACACAUAUGAUUGUCCGUUCAGAUAACAAUCAGUAGAGAUGCUAAAGCUGAGAUAAAAAGGCACAUGCAAGCAGAAACCAUAUAAAAAUGCUCCUCAGAUGAUCAUGCAAUCUAGUCACAUAUUGGACUUUACUGACAGGUUGGGCAAUAGAGUAAAAGAAGGAAGCCCCUACCCAGCUACAUCUAAGGGUGGUCAGGGAGAAGUGAAUAACUACAGCAACAAGAGAGAUUUUCCCCCCUUGUAGAUCUGUCGAAAUAGGAGCGGUGUGCAUCCUGGUUUCACUGAGGACCAUCACAACAACUGAGAGCCAUCAUUUGCUCUGGAGUCAUGCCCAUAAUUUUCCAGCUGCCAGCCCUCAUCCUGGCACCACUACUCUUUGCUUAUGUCUGCCACUCUCCUGCAUCAGCUGCUGGCCUAUACUUCAAGGAAGGGCAAAGUUGCUACAAGAAAAUGCCACUCAAGAUUCAUGGAGUUAGAACUUACCCUCGUCCCCAUGAGUAUCUGAAGAUGUCUGAGCUCCCCAAGAACUGGGACUGGCGAAACGUAAAUGGAGUCAAUUACGCAAGCCCUACUCGCAACCAGGGCGUCCCACAGUACUGUGGGUCUUGCUGGGCUCAUGGCACCACCAGCGCCCUAGCUGACCGCAUCAACAUCAAGAGGAAAGGGGCCUGGCCCUCUGCUUUCCUCUCAGUUCAGCAUGUUGUUGACUGUUCUGGUGCUGGGACCUGUGCUGAGGGUGGAUAUGACUUAGGCGUAUGGCUAUAUGCUUACUUCCAUGGCAUUCCAGAUGAGACUUGCAGCAAUUACAUAGCCAAGGAUCAAAAUUGCAAGACGUUUAUGAAGUGUGGGACAUGUGUUACUUUUGACAAAUGUCAUGUGAUAAAGAAUUAUACCCUCUGGAAAGUGGGGGAUUUUGGAAUAGUCAGCGGGCGAGAAAAAAUGAUGGCUGAAAUCUAUGCAAAUGGACCAAUCAGCUGUUCAAUUAUGGCCACUCCAAAGCUGGAUGAAUACACAGGAGGUAUUUUUACUGAAUACAACAAGACGAUACUACAAAACCACCUUGUCACCGUUUCUGGCUGGGGGGUAGAAAAUGGAAUGGAAUACUGGAUUGUCCGCAACUCUUGGGGCGAGCCCUGGGGAGAACGUGGCUGGUUUAGAAUUGUAACAAGUGCAUAUGAAAAUGGAAGAGGAGCUGACUACAACUUGGGUUUGGAAGAGGACUGCAGCUAUGGAGAUCCUAUCGUUGCUUGACUCUGUAGCUGGCCUGACUUUGCACUCAUGCUUCUGAAAUGAAUCCUCUCAAAUAUUUUUUUUCUUUCUUUCUUAAGAAGGGGAGGAUAGCAUUUUAGUGUGUAACACAGUGAUGAAAAAUUAGCAUGGAGAUGUCUGCUUAUUUAGUUACUUUUUGCAUUCAAAACUGCAUAUAUUCACCCCAAGGAAGGGCAGUUGUUGACAGAGACUGAGGUGGGGAAGGAGGGAGACUUAUGUGCUGUAGCUUGAGGCAUUUCAUGCAGUCUUCUGUUUAUUUUGGGGUGCUUCUCAUUUGGGGACACAGUUGGAUUGCUUAAGAAUGAAAGAUGGAUGACGUGUGUAAUUAACUGCUGAUUUACGUUCUGUGCAAACUGCUCUUCCUCCCCAAUCUUUUUCCUCUCUGCUUUCAAAAUAUAUUUCUAUUGCAUUUCA